AGCUCUCUCUCUCUCUCUCUCUCUCUCUCUCUCUCAUUAUCCUUUCUAACCCUGAUUUAGCAAAACCAAGAUCAAAAUAACCACCAAAAAUGUUCCACAAGUACUGUUCCUCCAUUUCAUUGUUUAUGUACUUUGUUUUGGUUGGCUUGGCUACCACCUUGCAUAUGGUGCAAGGCCAAGUUACUACGCGCGUUGGGUUCUAUUCACGUACAUGUCCAAGGGCAGAGUUGAUUGUCAAGCAGACAGUCGAAGCUCAUUUUAACUCCAAUCCUUCCAUUGCUCCUGGGUUACUAAGGAUGCACUUUCAUGACUGCUUUGUCCAGGGUUGUGAUGCAUCUGUUCUUCUUAACGGCGCAAACACUGAGAAAACCGCCGGGCCUAACCUCGGUUUAAGAGGUUGGGAAGUCAUCAACGAUGCAAAGACUAAGCUUGAAACUGCGUGCCCCGGGGUGGUUUCCUGUGCAGAUAUUCUCGCCCUUGCUGCCCGGGAUUCUGUGGUUCUCACCAAAGGAUUCAGUUGGAAUGUGCCUACUGGAAGAAGAGAUGGAAAGGUUUCACUGGCAUCUGAGACUUCAAAUUUGCCUGGCUUUAGAGACUCCGUUGAUGUGCAAAAGGCCAAAUUCCAAGCAUUGGGUCUCAACACUCAAGAUCUUGUCACGCUUGUUGGUGGACACACCAUUGGCACUUCAGCUUGCCAAUUCUUUAGGUACAGACUAUACAACUUCACCACAACUGGAAAUGGCGCUGACCCAACCAUCAACCCUCUCUUCCUUUCUCAACUGCAAUCACUUUGCCCUCAAAAUGGUGACGCAGCCAGGCAUGUUGAUCUGGACGCAGGCAGCGGAAAUCAAUUUGAUGCAACUUUCUUUAGAAAUUUGCAGAAUGGUCGCGGGAUACUUGAGUCGGAUCAGAAGUUAUGGACCGAUGCCUCCACUAAAAGUUUCGUGCAACGCUUUUUGGGUGUGAGAGGAUUGCAAGCAUUGAAUUUCAACCUAGAGUUUGGAAGGUCCAUGGUGAAGAUGAGUAAUAUCGGCAUAAAGUCUGCCACAAAUGGUGAAAUUCGCCGCAUUUGUUCUGCAAUUAACUGACCAUGGAGAUUUAUUAACUUAUUAAUUGAGAUUUAUUUAUUUGUUGGCACAAUUAAGCCACUUUC